AAACCCAUCAUCACCCACCGGACACCGGCGUUACGACAACCACAGUUGGAGAGGGAUGCGUCGACCAAUGAAGAGGGUGGAUUUCUGCAGAGGGAAGAAGGUGGAGGUUUGCAGCAAAGAAGAUGGGUUUGUUGGUUCGUAUUACGAGGCAACCCUUGUGUCCCACCUUCCCAAUGGCCUCUGCGUCGUGCGCUACACGAACCUUCUCGAAGACGACGAAUCUCAGCCUCUCACUGAGACCCUUUAUCAGAAGGAGCUUCGCCCGUUGCCGCCCAGGGUCCAGGGUUCUGCGUUUUCCCUGUACCAGAAAGUCGAUGUUUUCGACAACGAUGGUUGGUGGGUUGGUGAGAUCACUGGGAGAAGGAUAAGUGAUUCUCACUACUAUGUGUAUUUUACUACCACCAAUGAAGAGAUAGCGUAUCCCUAUUCUCAGAUCAGGGUUCAUCAUGAUUGGGUUAAUGGGGAUUGGCUUUUGUCCAAUUGAUCAAUGCUCUUGUGUGUGUUUUCUUUUUUCUUUUUUCUCAUUCAUCUAUACACCACAUGGGUCUGUAACUAUGUUUUAGUGGCCCUUGUAAUUUUUUGUACCAAUUGGUAGUAAUAGUAAUAAUGGUCU